AUGAAUUUGGAGAUUAAAAGUAUUCAUUAUGGUGAUAUUGUGUCCAUAUACUCGUCUGGAUUCUUAUCAUCAUUGGGUUUACUUGAUGAUCGUGUCAUUAUUAAUACGACUGAUGGAGACUUAACUAAGCCACCGAUAAAAUUUAAGAACUGUCUGUUCAAAAUAUGCCCUGCUAAGAAGAUAAUAUGCAAUAAAAAAGCCUUUGAUUGUACUAAAACGAAUGAUCAGAAUGUUGAAAUAUUUUCGGAUAAUGACGUCAUUAGUUUGUAUGGGAAAUGCGUUAAAUAUGGAUCUUUAGUAAGGCUGCUUCAUGUCAAAUCAGAAAAGUAUCUCUCAGUCUGCAAGCAAGUCCAUUCAUCAUAUGAUACAGACGCCUUAAAAGCUUAUUUUGAUAAAAAUGGAAAUGAAAGUUCUUUGUUUUACGUCAUGCCUUUCUAUAAGCUACGAUCAAUUGGUGAAGACAUAACUGUUGGUGAUGAAGUCAUUUUCAAGUCAGCCUUAGUAAACAAUAAGAAUCUUCAUGUCAGUCAAAUUGAUUUGUUUGAUAAAAUUGGAAUAAAAGAAGUCAACGUGCUUAAUGCCAUAACAUCCUGGAAAAUUUCGUUAUUCCUAACUCACAGUGAGAAUCAAAAGAGCUUCCUUAAAAGUGGCGAUAUUGUGAGAUUAUUUCACAUUGAACAACAGAAAUAUCUUACAAAGGAUGAAUUAAAUACGCUUGUAUUUCUGAGAAACACUGAUCGAAUUCCACCGUCUACAGCUACAAGCUCAAAAGCUUUAUGGGAAAUUGAAGUUGUUCAGCACGAUCCUUGUCGCGGUGAUAUUGCUCAUUAUAAUUCACUUUUUAGAUUCAAGCACCUUAAUACUGGAUAUUAUCUUGUCACGGAACUGAUAGAAGCUGAUGGACAGCACAGUGAAAUGUUUUGCUUGAAAGCUAUUCUGGAUUCUUGUGAUCUUGCCUCAAUUUUUGAGUUAGAUCCAAUAUCACUUAAUGAUUCGGAUGCUUUAAUUCCACACAAAAGCUUCGUCUUAUUGAAAAAUGUAGCUACAAAUACUUAUAUUAAAUCUUCAAAUAUUCGUGUUGGAAGUGAAAUAGACAAAUCUGUAUUCUAUAAAGUAGAGUGCUCGAAAGCUAGGGACGAGAAAGAAGCUUUUCGUGUUGUUGGUGUCAAUUCUGAUGAGAUUCGCGACUUUGAUUUCACAAAUGAAGCAUAUGAUUUAAUGACCAAUUUAACAGCAAAAAUGCUUAUAAAAUUCAAGAUAAGUGAAUAUGACAGAGUCCGUUUGAUUUCUAUCCUACAACGGCUUAUUCUGUUCAUUGGUGAUGUUGACAUUGAUAACAAUGGCUCGAACAUCCUGCAAGUUGAUAUUGUUAAUCCAAAUAGAAAGCGACAGAAAAUAUUUCGUGAAUUGAACAUUAUCACACAGAUUUUCUGUAUCCUCGGCUUGACAUCAGACUUUGUGGAUCAAAAAGGAAUGCCUUCAAAGUCUUACAAAUACAUUUUUCAGUUAUGCUAUAGAAUCAUCAAAUUAAGUCAGAAAAAUUAUCGAAAAAAUCAGGAAUUUAUUGCCUGCAAUUAUUUCAAUUUAAUGCAGCAGCACAUUGGCCUAGACAUUCUUGCCGAAGACACAAUCACAGCGUUAUUGAAUAACAAUCAGCAACUAUUGGAAAAGUUUAUAACGCCGAGAGAAAUAGAGACUUUUAUUGAUUUAAUCAGAAAGAACAUGUCAAAAUGGAAUGGCAAAUAUUUCGAUUAUCUUAGUGCUCUUUGUGUUGCGAAUAAUAAAGCCUUGCCAAGGACACAAGAGAUGAUUUUUAGUUUAAUAACGAAGAACUUUAACUCAUGCAUUUUAUUGUCAAUUAAGAAUAUUAAUGAUAAGGAAGUCGGAGAGAAAUUGGACACAGAUUGUGAUAUUGAGAAUAUAAUUAUUGAAUGGAAGAAGGGCAAAAAGUCAUUUAAGGAUUUACUAGCUGGAUAUGCAAAUCAUCGUAGGGAAGAAACGUCAAUUUUUAAAUAUUUAAAUAAUCAAAUUGAACUGUAUUCAAACAUGUGCAUUGGUAGACAGUCUGACGCCAUAAACUUUCUGUCUCAGAAAAUUAGAUUUGAUGAUAUUAUGGCAUUCAUUAGACAUGAAAAUGUCCCAGACGACUUACGUGCAUCAUUUUGUAAAUUAUUGAAUAAUUUAUAUAUUGAUCGUCAGCCUAGAGAGCGCUUGAAUUUGAAUCAAAUUGCUUAUUAUUGGAAGUUGAUUCCGGAUAAAGUCAAUAAGAAUCUUAAGGAUAUGUUCAGUGGGAAUUAUGGAGAAUUUCAAAUUAUUAAGGAUUUUAUUGGAGAGUAUUUGAAACGUUUGAUUUUAGAUGAAAAGUUAUUUAAGAAAAUGAUCACUGAAAAGACAACACUAGAGGUCACUAACUUGCUCUAUACCACUUUAGCUUUCGGGUUUUAUAAUCUAGAAGGAGUUUUUGAAAUGCUGUCGACAAUUUUAACUGUCAUUGAAGGAUUUAACAAGUUUAAAUGCGAGGAACUGCUUUCUUCUAUUGUCAUCUUGAAGCUUAAAUGCCUUGACAUUAUAAAUUUAGUUUUUGAUUAUGUUACUUACAGUCGCAUCAAUUAUUUGAUUAACUUGAUAAAAGUGGACAUAAAAAAGCAGAAAAUUGAGAAUCUCGCAUCGAAAAGCUAUCAAAGUGAAUUUCAAUUGAAAAUUAAGGACUUCUUUACUGAUGAGGUCCCUAAGAACAUCAGCAUAAGCAACGCGAACAACCAAAGAAUAAUCUCGAAUGUCAUGCAACUAAUUUUAUCUAAAUCACCAGAAAUAACAUCAAAAGCUUAUCAUACAUUAUUCCAUCACUUCCAUCAGUUUUCAGACCUUGAAAAGUCAUUUUCUAAAAUUAAAAUAAUCGUUGAAGACGACGAAGACACGCUGAGUGAAAGUGCCACAGACAUAUCAUUUUGCAGUAUUCAUAAUUUAGUUUGUAGCGUUCAGCAGGAACUUGUCACGAAGAUUGGCUUGAGAAUGUUUGCCGAGAAUAAUUUAAUUGCGAAAUAUUUGUAUUGGAUUGGAAGCGAUGAAAGCUCAAAGGAAUUUAUCGAUAUAUUGAGCAAUGUCAUUAAGCAUAUUAAUUAUUUGGUUGAAAGCAAUGAAAAAGAUCUUUCAGUUAUGCUGCUUAAUUUAUUAAAAUUCAUGCUUCAUUAUGAGAAUGAUUAUGCUGUGGAAUUAAAGUCGUCUUUUGACAUCAAAUUCUCAUUUGUUGAAAUGAAAAAUUACUUUGACAGUCAAUUUAAAGCUCUUCAGGAUAAUUUUGAGCUUUCUGAAGUUCAACAGACAUUGUUGGACAAGAAUAUUGGAGAUUUAGUCAUUUCGAUGAUUAUUAGGUCACCAGAAAUGAAUAUUUACUUCAUUGAAGGAUUGGAUCUAGCUAAUCAAAUGCUUAAUAAAGGAAAUGCACAAACACAGUCAUGUCUAUAUAAUAAUAUCAUGUCAUUAGACUCGCCGACUGACUUCUUCAAGCUUAUUUAUGAUAAAAUUCAGGAAUGCAAAUUGGAAAUUAAAACCGACAAGCUGAACAUUAGUCAUGUUGAGUCAUACAUCGAAUCGAGUCAUUCUCAACUAAUUAAAAAUUCAAGCACGGAAGAUUAUUCUAGUAAUUCUAUAUCGCACAACUAUACGCAAAGUAAUAGAAUUAACUGUACUUAUACAUCUACAAAUGUCGUAGUUUCAAGAAAAAUUUUAAGAUUCCUUCAAUUGCUCUGCGAACAUCAUAAUGCGGAAUUUCAAAAUAUUUUACGCGAUCAAAAAACCAAAAUUAAUUAUAAUCUCGUCAGUGAAACGCUUUCGCUGUUUGAUUGUAUUUGCGAACAAUUUCAACAGCGAGAUGAUUAUGACCUAAUUUUCUACACGUGCUUAGAUGCUCUCACAGAAUUCUGUCAAGGUCCAUGUAUCGAGAAUCAAAAUUGCAUAAUCUAUCAUGACUCAAACAUCUCUACAACCGUUAUAUCUCUUCUUACUCAAUUCAAUUGGAAUGCUGGAUUAUUUGGAAGUGUUUUGAAAUUUUUAUUUGCACUUCAAGAAUCAAGAAGCAGCUUUGAUUUUCUAGAAAAGUCUGUGAACGAAGAAAUUUUUCAAAAAUUGCUUCAGAAGGUCGUGCAUGGAUAUAAUAUGAAUGAAAAUGAAUGCACCGAGUCGAUGACUAUUUCUCAUAAUUUUUAUAUUUUGUGCUAUCAAUUAGCCAAGAAUAAUAGAAUGUUUGAGGAUGCAAUGCGGAAUAUUUCACUGAGUGAACAUCAGGAAGCUUUUAAAUAUUUUGAAAGUAACACCGCCCAGAUUGAAAUCGUCAAAAAUGAUCGUACAUUAGAGGAUGUCAUGUUUCCUAUACCUAAGUUAUGUAAGAAUUUAAGUCAGGAAGCAAAGUCUAAAAUAUUCUUGUCAUGUGAAAGGGACCUGCAAGGUUCUAAGAUUCCAGACUUCUUCAGCAAAGCCAAUGAACUUUUGGACGAACUUGAAUGGGAUAGUCGCAAAUCACACAAUUAUUUCAACUUGAAUAUUGCAAAGAAUAAAUUGGCAUUUUCAACAGCAACAUUCAUACUUGUUCUGCUAAUAAAUUUGUUCAUUAUAUUCCUAUAUCCAUUCAGUAGCUGCGAAGUGGACUUUAAUUGGAAAUCAAAUAUUUGCGCAAUGACUUUUCUUGGAUUAUUGCCUGUUUAUUUGCACUCUAAAUUUGAAUAUCGAUGGUCAAUUUGGAUGUUUAUGAUAUCAAUGAUAUUUGCAAAUACAAUGGACGGAUUUAUGACAAUAUUGGGAAGUGCUUGUGUCGUCACGAAAUGCUUUCAUAUUAUCGGAAUUGUUUAUGAAAUUUGGGUCAAGAAACAACAUGAACAUAAAUUGAAUAAUGCAGAUUUACAGCUUCAGAUUGCUUAUUUGAUGAUAGCUUUCUUUGGAACUUCCUAUAAUCCACUGCUGUUUUCUAUUUUGCUUCUGGAAAUUAUUUAUCGCGAAGAGACAUUACUCAAUGUUAUCAAAUCAGUAACAAGGAAUGGCCGUUCAAUUAUAUUCACAAGCUUAUUAGCAUUUGUUCUCGUCUAUUUAUUCUCAAUUAUUGGAUUUGUUUUCUUUGGCGACGAUUUUAUCGUCAUUGCACAAACAGAUCAAUCAUCGCAAAUGGAAAGAGCAUGCGAUUCUCUAUUUAUGUGCAUAAUUACAUCAUUAAAUCAUGGUUUGAGAAAUGGAGGUGGAAUUGGAGAUAUUUUAAGGACACCGUCAUUUUUAGAAACGUCUUAUCUACCGAGAGUUGUUUAUGAUCUCUUAUUUUUCUUUGUCAUUAUCAUAAUUGUGCUGAAUCUUAUUUUUGGUGUAAUCAUUGACACAUUUGCUGAUCUAAGAUUAGAAAAGCAGGAGAAAGAAAAGAUUUUAAGAAAUACAUGCUUCAUAUGCAGUCUACACAGUUCCGUAUUUUGUAAUAAGAAAAUUAGUUUCGAGGAACAUAUGAAAAGCUAUCACAAUAUGUGGCACUAUUUAUAUUUCAUUGCACAUCUCCGCAUCAAAAAUCCCACAGAGUUUACUGGUCCCGAGAGUUAUGUCCAUCAUAUGAUUCUGAUGAAUAAUUUAGAAUGGUUUCCAAGACAACGUACAGCGUCGCUUAAUGAAGACGAGAAUAAUGAGGAAAUCAGUAAAUCCGAUGUGCAUGAAUUAAAGAAAAUGCUCGAAGGAACUCGAGAUAUUAUUGCUAAUCUCUCAAAGCAAUCAAUCGAACUAAAGCACCAAAUCAACGAACAGCGAAAACAUAAACGUUAUGAAAUUUUCACCACUAGAUCAUCAACAUUAUCUAAUAUCAAUCUCCAGUCUGUUGAUCAUUGUUAA